CCCUGAAAGGCGCACACCCCGCGAGACCCACCCAGUCCGGCUCUCCUGUCUGCUCCUGACCAGCCGCCUACGCCGGACCCUUUGCCGCCAUGCCCAAGUGUCCCAAGUGUGACAAGGAGGUGUACUUUGCUGAGCGGGUGACCUCUCUGGGGAAGGACUGGCACCGGCCUUGCCUCAAGUGUGAGAAAUGCGGAAAGACGCUGACGUCAGGGGGUCACGCCGAGCACGAGGGCAAGCCCUACUGCAACCACCCCUGCUACGCCGCCAUGUUCGGGCCUAAAGGCUUUGGGCGGGGUGGCGCCGAGAGUCACACUUUCAAGUAAACCCACGUGCACCCCCAUCCUCCAGCGCAGACCCUCAGGCCUUCCGGAUGGUCCCCCGCACUCCUGGGUGAGGUCGGACUGCUCACUGGGCCUACGCUCCUGCACUCACCUCCGUCCUCUGACCUCUCUGCUCAGGUCAUGGAAACGCUGUCCUUGGCUGCCCACCGGGCCACUGUCCUUCCAGGCUGAUUCCAGGCCUUAUCCCUUGCCCUCAAUAAAGCUGAGCACUCAGAAGUCC